AUGCCGUGGGACCCGCACGACGAUGACUACGAUGAAGGGUAUAGGCAGAGGCAAUUAGAAAUCGACACAAUCUACCAGGAGUUGCAAGCACAGAGCCCCCAGACGAGCGAGGGCGGAAGUGACGACCGCGUGCUGCAGAAGCUGGAGGCGCAGAAUGAGCAACGGCGGCGACACAUAUUGCGGAGCCCAGCGCACCGCCAGGGGCGGGACGAACCGCGUUAUUCCCACAAUGACGACGCCGACUCGCCUCGUGGUCCAACGGCUUUCCCCUAUUAUUACUACCACAACAACUCAUCACAGCCACAGCCCGGGCCGUAUUGGGGCCAUUCGGAUCCACCUCCUCCGCCCGUACCUCACGUGCCGGUCCAUGAUCCGGACUAUCAUGCAUACGGGAACUUCCAGCCGCCAUCCCCACAUGGCAGUGGUAACGGGCAGCUACAAGCCGGCCUACCAGACCUGACCGAGACACCAAUUACGGGGCACGAAAGGCUUGCUUUCGCGCUCGCCGAGACGAGCACACGACACGACCAUGAAGACGGCGAAGCGAUCAGGCGCCACGGCCCAAGGCCCUUGUACCGUCGGUUCGAGUAUCUGAACCAUCGAGUACUUCUCCACUGGCAGGACGCCUUGUCCGAGCUCGAAGAAGAGCUCCGUGUAUUAGACGAGUGUAUUGCCCAGCAGCAGACCCAUGCUGGAGACGAAGUGGGCAAAGCUCUGCCUGCCUCGCGACGUUACAGUAAUCAAUAUGGGGCCGAUCUGCACCAGAGACGCACGAUAGUGUUGGGGGAGAUUUAUUGCAAGAUGGGCCAGUAUUACAACACAAUGGCCUCAUUCGAAAAGAUGUCGAGCGUCUCCGAGCCCGCUAGAGCAGAUGAUGUUUCGGCGUACGAGUCGUGGAUCCGCGAGCACGCACCAAUUGACGAGGACGAGACGCGUUUUCUCACGCGUCGAACCGAUCUAAUGAGCCUCCAUCGACGUCACAAGCGGCAAGAGCGGCCGCAUGAACUGAGCCUCUCAGGCGACCAAGUGCUCCAAACGGCGCUGCUGGCGCUGCUGGUCUUUUUAGUGCUGCCCCUAAUUGCGUUUCCCCAGAUUCCUAGCGUUGGCGGGCGGCUGUUCGUUCUGACCGUCAUCGGCGCGGCCGAGGUAGCCAUGGUCUCGUCAACGAGGUUUUCGAGUCUGAUGUCCGGAAAGGAAUGGAGGUUUUGUGGCAUCGCGUACUUUGCUCUUAUGGCAGUGAUCGCAGUCGUUGUUUGA